ACAGGUUCGUCCUUCGCACCCGGAAGUGAGGGAGGGAAAAUACAGCGACGCAACUCCAGGUAAAAAAACGUGUUGUUCCUGUGAAGAAGGAAACAUUGUAACAGACUACACCAUGGACCGGACUCUCCAGGACGACUUUGAGAACCAGUUCAAUGACGUGAUCUCCAGAUUUGAGUCCAAACACUUCUUCCAGUCGGACUGGGACAUCGCUUCCUUUGCAGUCUUCUUCAUCUUCAUUGGUAUGAUUCUGCUGCUGGUCGUCAUGGUGAUCAUCCGCUGCUUCUGCUGCUGCUGCUGCUGCUGCGACGAUCACAAGCAGCCUCGGCGGCAGAAGGUUGGUGUGGAGAACAUGGCUCUGGAGCCCUGAUAGCUCAAGCUCUGCACAGAUGACUGAAGAAGAAGAAGAAGAAGAAGAAGAAGAAGAAGAAGAUUGUGCCAAUCAUUAGUCUGUUAACAUGAAGAUGAAUUGUUGUUCACCUGCACCUUAUGACCGAGUGACAAAACUGUAACUCACUGAUGUUGUUGACUUGUCACCAUGUGACGGUUGUUGCUAGGAUACAGCAGAGAGAGGAUACAGCGCUUGUCCCUGUGGAUUUUAAUAGAACUUCCUGUAUGUAUUUUUUUAAAGGGAUGCUCAUGUUUUCAUCAGAAGCUUAAAUUCAAAUCUAUAUGGAGUAAAAAUCUGUCUUUAUUCCUUCA